AUGUCAGACAUCAAGCCUUACAAGAUUCAUGUGCCCGACUUCAGGAUUGAUCGGCUCAACCAGAAACUUGCCUUGACAGACUUUCCCAGUCAGAACUAUGAUCCAACAUCUACCUCGUGGAAGCUUGGACCCCCGGUCAACGAGAUUGAGCGACUGGCAAAGGUGUGGCAAUCAGGCUUCGACUGGCGCCAAGUUGAAGCACGUCUAAACCAAUUGCCUCAGUUUACCGUCCUGAUAGAAACAGCUGGCUUUGGGACGUUUGAAGUUCACUUUGUGCACAAGGAGAGUAGCCAGGCGCAUGCCAUCCCGCUCCUCUUCUUGCAUGGCUGGCCCGGCAGCUUUUACGAGGUGUCAAAGAUCAUCGAUCCUCUGGUGCAGGGCGAAUCAAAUGAGGAUCAGACAUUUCAUGUUGUUGCACCAAGUCUGAUUGACUUUGGGUUUUCCUCGCCAAGCAAGAAGGGUUUUGAGUUUGAACACCAUGCAGAAGUUUAUGACAAACUUAUGCAAAAGCUCGGGUACGAUCGUUACGUGAUCCAAGCUGGAGAUGUUGGAUGUUUGGUUAUGAGAUAUGUGGCCAAACUGUACGGUCCUUCACGAUGCAUGGCUUGUCAUACAAACACACCCGUACCAAGAGAGCCGACAAAAGACACCCAUCCGGAGCUGCAUGCAGAUACCUCGGCAACGCAGCUCACAGAGACUGAGAAAAAAGGCCUACAGCGUACUGGAGACUUCUAUAGUGAGGGCAGUGGAUACUAUAAACUGCAAUCCACAAAACCCUUCACCAUCGGCUACUCGCUGAGGGACAGUCCCGUUGGUCUCCUGGCAUGGAUCUAUGAAAAGAUUCGCGAGUGGAGCGACGAAUACCCAUGGAGCGAUGAAGAGAUUCUUACCUGGGUUAGCAUUUAUUACUUCUCAACACCAGGCCCAGAGGCAACGAGCAACGUGUACUACGCCAUGGAACAUAGCAAACCACCAGCGUUUGCCGCAGCCGCAGAGUACGUAGAUAUACCACUGGGCAUUUCUCGGUUUUCAAACGAUCUGGUGCUGUUGCCCAAGUUGUGGAAUCAGACUCUUGGCCCAAUAGUGUACGAAGUCGAAUAUGUAAAGGGUGGCCACUUUGCUGCCUGGGAGCGACCGGAUGCAAUUAUUCAAGACUUGCGCGCCAUGCUCCAGUUGUUUGAAAAUGGUGAUGAGGUUACAGAGAGAACUCAGGGAUGA